AUGGCUUCUGUUUAUGUUGGAAAUCUUCCUUACCAAACCACUGAACAGGCCCUUGGAGACUACUUCAGCCAGGCUGGUCAAGUCACCAAUGUCAAGAUUGUCUACGACCGUGAGACUGGUCGCAACAAAGGUUUCGGAUUCUGUGAUUUUGCUGAUCCAGCAGGUGCUCAGAACGCCGUCAACACCCUCAACGGAGCAGAUUUCAACGGACGCUCAUUACGAGUGAAUUUCGCUAAUAAGAACUGA